CUUUCGACUGCCGAGCUCUUCGAAUAAACCCCCCCUCUUCCUGCCACUGCGGUUGUACGAUGGCCGACGCCAAACCGCCAUGAUAAAGAUGAAUACACGUGCGAUUAAGAUUAGCGCGCCUACGAAAUUGGGUCUCGGGCCUCGACUACACCCCUUGCUACUCCAGAGAAGCUAUGCGACACAGACAGGUCUAGGAGCGACCUCCGCGCCUGGGCCGAAAAGGAAAACGAUUACGCCCUUCAAUGAUAAUGGAUCAAUUCCUUGGUCACAACUUUCGACGGGAGAAAAGGCGGCUAGGGCAACACAGCAGAGCUUCAACUUCGGGUUGAUUCUGGCUGGUCUGGCAGUGACGGGCGGAGUGGUAUACGUUCUUUGGUCGGACGUGAUAUCUCCGGACAGCAAGACCGCACAUUUUAACCGCGUCGUCGACAGGAUCAAGAGUGAUCAGAAGUGCAUAGAGAUGCUGGGAGACCCCAAAAAGAUUUCAGCGCAUGGAGAGGAGACAAACAACAAGUGGCGGCGCGCUCGCCCGAUUGCCUCGACUAUCAACACUGAUUCAAGAGGUCACGAGCACCUGCUGGUGCACUUUCACGUCGAAGGACCCCUCAACAAGGGUGUGGUAUACCUGCAUAUGGUCAAAACGCCAAGCUCCGGCGAAUUCGAGUACAAAUAUCUUUACCUCGAUGUACGGGGCCACCAGAGAUACUACCUGGAGAAUGCGGAUACUGCGACAGGCAUCGGAAAGAAAGGGGUCAGGUUCCUCGGGAUCAACUGGGGCUGAUUGUAAGAUGGAUUAGGAUUAUCAGACGGGAUGAAGGCCCAUGGGCAUUUCCCCAGUGUUGUAAGAUAGCAACAUCCACACCAGGGGAUGAAAGCCGUGUAUUAUAUUGAUUCAUUGGU